UCUAAUGAAAUGCAGUCAAACUUUGCAACUAAUAGUGUAGAUCACUCAGAUCCAGGUUAUGGUGUCACUGAGGCUGUACCUAUUGACACACAGGUUGUUGGUAUCCAGCCUAUUUCUGUCCCUUCUCUUCUGGUGAACGAGUUGAAGGAAAUCACUGACAACUUUGGUUCGGUUUCAUUGAUUGGUGAGGGGAUGUAUGGAACAGUAUACUCUGGUGUCCUUAGAAGUGGGCAGGUUGCAGCUAUUAAAAAGUUUGACUACUCUAAAAAGCAACCAGACCAAGACUUUUUAGCUCAGAUUUCUAUCUUAUCGAGGCUUAAACAUGAUAAUGUUGUUGGGCUACUUGGAUAUUGUGUAGAUGGUGACUGGAGAGUACUUGCUUAUGAGUUCUCUUCAAUUGGAUCUUUACACGAUGUUCUUCAUGGAAGGAAAGGUGUUAGAGGUGAACAACCAGGUCCAGUUCUAUCAUGGUCCCAAAGAGUUAAAAUUGCUGUUGGGGCUGCAAAGGGGCUUGAAUACUUGCAUGAAAAGACACAGCCUCGAAUUAUACAUCGUGAUAUGAAGUCCCGUAACGUUCUGCUUUUUAAUGACUAUGUGGCUAAGAUUGCUGAUAUUGAUUUAUCAAACCAAACACAACAAAUGACAUUACUUGUUCAAUCCACCUUUGUUCUUGGUACCUUUGGUUAUCAUGCACCUGAAUAUGCCUUGACAGGACACCUGAGUCUAAAGAGCGAUGUUUACAGCUUUGGAGUUGUUCUACUUGAACUCUUGACUGGACGAAAAGCUGUUGACCAUACUUUGCCACGUGGCCAACAGAGUCUAGUCAGCUGGGCAACACCAAGACUUGGUGAAGAUAAGGUCAAACAGUGUGUUGAUGCUAGACUGAAUGGAGAAUACCCGCCAAAGGCAGUUGCCAAAAUGGCAGCAAUUGCGGCGUUGUGUGUGCAGUAUGAAGCUGAUUUUAGACCAAAGAUGAGCGUUGUUGUUAAAGGACUGCAACCAUUGUUGAACACUGCUGGAUCCCAAACAAAAGCGCCACACUUGUGAAUUCCCCUCUACUUCUUGUGCUUAAUGAUGUUCUUGUAGAUCAUCAUGUGGGUAAAUUUAUCAGAUAUUGAUGUAUGAUAUAGAACCAUUCUUUUGUUUGACCUGCAU